UGAAGCCCCGGGCUGCAAUGUUGUGGAGGAGGCCUGUGUCAGACGGAGGGGCACCCUGGGCCCAGGGCAUCAUAUUUCAGACUUGAGGGGGGCCUGCAGCUCGAUGUCUUGGAGGCACUAUAAACACUCGGGUGAACAUGUGCAGAACCUGGAGGGCACUGGUUAGCUUCUACCAGGAUUGCUGUUUUAUAUCCCGAAGGAUAGGUUUAUCGUUGGAUUUCAUUUAACCCUUUCAAGAUAGCUGUGGCAUGGCUCAGUGAUAUGGAGACUGCCAGAAUAGACAACCUGUGUAUUCUAUACCAGAGCUCAGAUUUCUUGGUGGUGAACAAGCACUGGGAUAUUCGCAUUGAUAGUAAGAUGUGGUAUGAGAAGCUAACCGUCCAGUCUCAAUUGAAGCACCGGUUUCCCGAGCUUGUUGACCCAGAUACGUACUAUGGGUUUAGAUUUUGCCAUCAGCUGGACUUUUCCACCAGUGGGGCACUGUGUAUUGCUUUCAGUAAGCUGGCAGCUGCCAAGGCCUAUCGGUGUUUCAGAGACCGUCUGGUUACCAAGGUUUACCUGGCUCUGGUCAGAGGUCAUGUUGCUGUGAAUAGGAUGCUGAUUGAACACGCAAUUGGUAAAAAUACAAACGAAGGAAAGACGCACAUGAUGUGUACUGAAGAAACCCAAGGUUGUCAAAACCCCAAACCAUCUCAGACAGAGAUGAUUGUCCUUGCAAAAGGUUUUUACAGUGGAGAUCCAGUUACUAAAGUACUCCUGCAGCCUUUAACAGGCCGCACACACCAGCUGAGGGUCCACUGCAUGGCUGUGGGGCAUCCCAUAGUUGGUGACUUCACCUACAGUUUGAAAACUGACAGCAACCCUUAUCGUAUGAUGCUACAUGCCUAUCACCUGCGUAUCCCCAUGGAGGGGGAGCUCAUAGAGGUGACCACAGCUGACCCAUUCACACACAUGGUAGACAGCAACUUGGAACUGGGCUCGUGGGUCAACAACUUGCAUGAUAUUAUCGAGAGACUGAAAGGCAAGUCUGUGACGGAGCAAUGUGACAGGGACAGCAUGCUCGAGAUUCAAGCAGAGAAAACACAGGUGAAGAAAACAAGUGAAGAGACAGAGGAAGAGAGAGACAAGUACUUGCAGUGGUUAAAUGAAUGGACAAUGAGUUAAUGUUGGAAUGACUGGAAGCUGCAUAUUUGCAUUUUCUAAGGAGUAUGGAGAGCCUAUGGUCAGUUAGGUGUCCAGUUACAUCCUCACUUUUGAUUAACUGAUGUUUUUAACUUGUCGGUGAGUCCAAUGAAGUCCAUUUCUCCUCCCCAGCUGAAUGUUUUCUUGUUCCAGCCCAGCCUUUGUGAUCCGAUAACUUCACACAUUGACACAGGUGAACAGAUUUUAAAUUAACUACAUUUGUUUUUAAAAUUAAGUAUCCAGUUCUGACCAGACAUCAAGAAAAUACAAUAGAAGCCAUUAAAGUGCUACACUCACUUUACAGGGACUCCUUACUGCAAACCCAUUUCUCUCAAAUGAUUCCCUGUGGAACAAUCCAUUGGCUUAACGGAACAGAUAGCUCCUAUCCAUCCAGUGAGAUGGAACAGCUGCUGUUGACAGAUGACCAUCAGUUUCGUUUGUGUGAUAACAGAAUGGAUGAUUUUUCUGUGAAUUGAAAUGUUGGAUUGACUCAUUAGUGUUCAAAUAAAAAUCAUUUGCGACAAACUGGUCACUUGACGGGAAAGGAUUAGCUUUAUGUAAAAGUACCUAAAAUUGCAUCACAGAAUUAGGCCAUUCAGCACUGCUGUGUGGUCAUUUUCUGCUCCACAUAAGCUACCUUCCAGUCUAAUUCAUCUCAUCUUAAGCAAUUAAGAAAGCAAAUGGUCCAUUGGCCUGGAAGAUGCUGGAAGUCAGAAUCAAUAAAAUGCGGAGCUGGAGAAACGCAGCAGGUCAAAACAUAUCCAAGGAGCAGGAAAGUCGAUGUUUCGGGUCAGGACCCUUCAUCAGGACUGAUGUCUUGCUGCAGUUGUAUAGAGCCUAUGACAAGUUUUGUGUGCAGUUGUGGUCUCCUUGAAGAAAGAUGCACUUACCAGAGAGAGAGAGAAUGCAAUGAAGGUUGUCCAGAUUGAUUCCUAAGAUUGAGGGAUUGUCUUAACAGGAAAGGCUAAACAGACUGGGCCUGUUAUUCUUAGGAGUUUUGAAGAAUAAGAUGUGACCUCAGAAAAGCAUUCCAAAUUGUUUGUAGGGAUCGAAAAGGUUGAUGCACAAAUUGCGGGUGAGACAGUCACAGAAGAAUGAGUAGUCCAUUUUGGCAUUACAUGAGGAGGAAUUUCUUCAUUCAGAUGUUGGUGAAUCUUUGGAAUUCUCUACCCAGAGGGCUUUGGUGGUUCAGUCAUUUAGCAAAUUCAAGACAGAGGCUGAUUGAUUACCACACAUUAAAGACAUCAAGGGGAAACAUCAAUAUAAUGCAGAAAAAUGGUCUUGGAGUAGAAGUUCCAUUAUGUACUCAUUGAAUAGUGGAGUUUCUCAAAGUGUUGAACAGCCUUCUCUGCCUCGAUUUCUUAUGUUUUUAGCAGCGUACACUUUGAUUUUUUUUCAUCUUGAUGUAGCUAUCUGACUUCCCAUUAAUUAGAUUUACUCUAUUCAUCUGGAUUAUAUUACGUGCUAGCAAGUCUUCCAACAUUUCCUAGGUAAGUCAAUUUCCCCUGAGUUUCUUAGUGAAUGUAUUAUAUUUGUACGCUUGUAUUUAUAGCCUGUACUUUUGGACAGCCUACUGGUGGAAACACCUUUGCUUCCCUAAUGUAUUUCAAGUUACUUCUAACAACGUUCAUCACGAACACUCCAUCCACAAGGAGCAGUGAAACAAAAUUAUCUGCUUUUCUGUCCACUUGAAUUUUGAAGAAAACUUGCUAUUGUUAAAACAAACGCUCAAAGAAAUGUUCAUUGUAUAUCAAUUUUUUAGCCAGUGGAAUGGAUUUUCACUAUUGAAACCUGGAGCUCGAAUCAGGAAAUUUCCCAUCUUAGAACAUAGAACAUUACAGAUCUUGGCAGAUCUACUCUGGUUUAAAGGGCCCUGUUUCACUUCAGGAGAACAGGGUCAGGAUUAUUUUGGGCCUUUCAAGCCCAGAAGGUGAUCUGAGGCAAUCACAAGGCUGACUUAGUGCUGAGAUGGGCAGGUUAGAAAGUGGUCUUGGUUGGGUUAAGGGCCGCUAAGCCUUCCAGUCCCAGCCCUGCCUACCUCUCCACCCACUGACUUUUCCAAUGCUAAAUCAUGUCCCCUACAUGCUCCUCAGAACCACUGCAGCCUUUGUGCUUUGUCCUGCAUAGUGUCAAGGUGCUUGAGUAUUGUUGGAGCUGUACUCAUCCAUGCAAGUGGGGAGUUUUCCAUCACAAACGUGACUUGUGCCUUACAGAUGGUGGAUAGGCUUUGGGGAAUCAAGAAGUAAGUUAUUUGCUGCAAAAUUUCUAGCCUUGCCUUGCUCUUGUAUCCACCAUGUUUAUUAGUAGCUGGAUGUGUAAGACAGUUGCUCCUAAAGAAGGGAGUUAAUUUAGAACUGUUAAAAAUAGCUUACCUUAAUGAAAGGAGUUUAGUUUUAAAAUUCCAGACCAGAAGUGUUUUGGUUGAAACCUUGAAAGGUUUACUUGAAGCUGAGAAAGUCUAAGUUCUUGCAACCUCUUCCGUCAGGCAGAAGAUACAAGAGCUUAAAGACAAGUAUCAACAGGUUCAAGAACAGCUUCUUCCUCACAGUUACUGGAUGGCUGAAUGGACCUCUCAAAUUUCAAAUCUAAUGUUGAUUUUACUUUUGUGCAUCUCCUGUGCAACAGUAACCUUCUAUGCCUCUCUCUGCUUAAACACCCUAUGAUCUGUGCAUUCUUGUAUGUUAUGAUCUGCCUUACUACAUGCAAAACAAAACUUUUCACUGUAUUUAAGUACAUGUGACAACAAUAAGUCAAAUCAAACCAAAUAAAAACUCCAGAAAGAGGCUAAGAUUCUUAAGACUGGGAAUUAGAGCCAGAUGGAAGUUAAGCCCUAUUGAUAUGAUAGAGAAGGGAAUUCUCUCUGGUGUGAGUACAAUAAAGGACUGUGGUUAGGAUUAAUCUAAUUGUAUUAGACCACGUGUUUCAAAAUCUUUGAAUUAUAUGAUAUGUAAAGUAGUUGAUGUAUUCUAUUUUAUUAGUCUUAAUUUCUUUUGUGUAAUAAAAUCCAGCUUUGUUGUUGAAACCAA